UUUCUUUCUGCCCUUGAGCAUCCCGGGUAAACCCGAGCUUGCAAAGUGGGAAGAGGAGGAGGAGAGGGGGAGGAAGAAGGGCGGGCACAAGCCUUUUCCUCAAAGUCAAUAUUUUAUACUUUUGAUACUCCUUGACGCUGGAUUUUCAGUCCUCUCGAUUUUUUUUUUCUUUCCUCCCAGUCGCAUCCAGAUCUAGGACACCGAUCUAACCGUGCGCAGCCAUUCACGGUGUGAUAGAAGAGAGAGAGAGAGAGAGAGAGAGAGGAGAAAAAAAGUAUCCGGCGGAAGAGAGCACCAAACAAAAAAAACCCAUCGGAGCCGGGCAAAGGGAGGCAGAGACACGGGAGUACAGUGAGGACCGCGGCGGGGAGCGAGUACAGUGGAUGGUCGGUGCUGGUGUGCGUGCGUGCGUGCGUGUUUGUGUGUGUGUGUGUGUGUGUGUGUGUGUGUUUAGAGGAGAGAGGGGGGGGUCUCUCUUGUUUUAAUGCCCGAAGAGACGUGCACGGACUCCAACGCCACACAAAGUGCUGACCCGUCUCACGGAUGCACGUUAGAAGACAAUCGGUGGAGCUCGGCCAGUGUGAGACGUCCAAUGGAUAUACCUGAAGACGCAGCAGCCUCUCCUUCGUCCUCCCCGACCCGCAACUCCACCGUCUCCCCGCAGGACGCUGCUCUCUGAGACAUGGACCCGCGUUGACAUCUCCCACCCAACUCCCCCAGCGAACACUAUGGUUAAAGUGUGUGCCGAGAUUAAUCUCUGUCACAUUAUCCGCCUCUCCACCCACCGCCCAUCAUCCUCAGGAAACCAGCCGUCAAAACAAGAAAGCGUCCCUCUCUCGGCUCUCUGGGGGCCGUCGAUAUUUGUGAAGAGACACUGAGCGCCAAGUGUUCUUCUGUCGUUCAAAAAAGAAAAAGAAAAAGAAAAAAAAGCCUGGAGGCGAGUUGUGUCAAUUCUACCUGCCUCCUCCUCCCCGUUCACAGUGCACAGCAGUAUGGUGGCAGGGAUGUCCACUGUUUCCUCAUGAUCACCGCUCCAUGCGCCUCACCUCUCCUCUGAGCUCCGUGGCCCCCUCACCCUGCGCCGGACCCGCUCCAAACACCCUCCCAGCCUGCCAUGCUCCUCCAGGCCGUGUUUCUGCUGCUGCUGCGCUGCCUGGCCUCCACCCUGGGCCAGUACGAUCUGUGCAAGUCCCUGGUGAGCACGGAUGAGGGCUCGGUGUGGGAGCAGUACGCGUGCCAGCCGAAGCCCGCGUCCAUGAAAGACCACAUGCGGAUCAAGGUGGACCCGCCCGGGAUCACGUGUGGGAACCCGCCGGAGAGGUUCUGCACGCUGGAGAACCCAUAUCUGUGCAGUGAUGAGUGUGAUGCCUCGAACCCAGACUUGGCCCACCCUCCUCAGCUGAUGCAGGACCGUGAGCGUAAUGGCCUAAUCACCUACUGGCAGACGGUGACAUGGAGACGCCACCCAGAGCCCCUGCUGGCCAACAUCUCCAUGGCCUGGAACAAGAGUCUGGAGCUCACAGACGACAUCCAGAUCACCUUCGAGUACGGCCGUCCCACCAUCAUGGUAAUGGAUAAGUCCAUGGACCAUGGGCGCUCCUGGCAACCCUACCAGUUCUACGCCGACGACUGCAUGGACGCCUUCAACAUGCAACCUAAACGAGUGCGCGACCUUUCUCCCGCCAACAUCACACGGGUCAUCUGCACCGAGCAGUACUCGCGCUGGGUCGGCUCCAAGAACGAAAAGAAUGUGAAGUUCGAGGUGCGGGCGCGCUUUGCUGUGUUUGCAGGACCACGGCUACAGAACAUGGACAGCCUGUACACUCGCAUGGAAAGUAUGAAGGGACUGAGGGACUUCUUCACCUUCACCAACCUUAGGUUGAGGCUUCUCAGGCCCGCCCUUGGAGGCACCUACGUCCAGAGAGACAACCUGCUCAAGUACUUCUAUGCCAUCUCAAACAUUGAAGUACCUGCAAGGUGUAAGUGUAACCUCCAUGCCUCCCAGUGCCUGCUGCAGGACGGGAACCUCCAGUGCCAGUGUGAACACAACACGACGGGGCAGGACUGCCAGCGCUGCAGGAAGGGCUUCAAAGCCAAGUCCUGGAAGGCUGGUUCCUACCUGCCAACGCCCAAUGGAACCCCCAACACCUGUACAAUUGCUGGUUCACCCUCCGGUUCUAACUGUGAGUGCUACGGCCACUCCAACCGCUGCAGUUACAUCGACUACCUGAACAUCGUCACAUGCGUCAGCUGCAAGCAUAACACCAGGGGCCAGAACUGCCAACACUGCAGACUGGGAUACUUCCGCAACGCCUCUGCCGAACUGGACGAUGAGAGCGUCUGCAUCGAGUGUAACUGCAACCAGAUGGGUUCGGUUCAUGACCGGUGUAACGGCACAGGCUUCUGCCAGUGCAAAGAUGGUGCCACAGGGGCCAAGUGUGAUGACUGCCUGCCAGGAUAUUACUGGAAACAAGGCUGUUACGUCAACGUUUGCGACGAGGAGAUGCUCCUGUGCCAGAAUGGAGGAACAUGCUACCAGAACCAGAAGUGCAUCUGUCCUCCAGAGUUUAAGGGGGUACUGUGCCAAGAAUCCCGCUGUGAGGCGGGCAAGGACUGCAACGCUGCCUCUUCCCUGCACCUCUCCACGGCCACCCUGCUGCUCUGCACUCUGCUAGCCCACCUGCUGGCCACGUUAACUCCCCACUGAGCCACGAAAAAACCCCUCAGACCAAGGAGUGUGUGUCUAUGUGUGUGUUCAUGAGGCAACGGGUGACCCAGCGUGGGUAGGGCCACCCCAGUCUUGGACCCGACGUAAAAAAAACACACCGCAGCACUCGCAAAAAGCGCACACACUUACACAAUACUAACUAGCCCCAGUCCCCUUUUCAAACACACACACACACACACACACCUCACAGGACUGUUAUAAUGUUGAGUGUGUGUGCUCAGGUGUGAGAAGGACAAACAGAAGAAAAAAAAAAGAGAAGCGACCUCAGAGAACGAGAUGCAGACGAAGGGGGAAAAAAAAAAAUCAUACCAACCACUGUUCCCUUUAUUCCUGAGAUGGAGCAAUGUGCAUCAAACCAAAAAGCAUAAACAAAACACUUAAAUCACCACUGUUUCACUUCAAAGGGAAUGGCUGUUGUAACCACAAGGACCUUUUAUUCUUUUUUUGUUCCUUUCUUCAUUGAGUUUAAGGAUCUCGCUUCUUUUAAACUGACGGCCAAAGUGUGUGUGUGUGGUCGGACUCAGUUGAGAGCACAAGACGUGGACACGACGGACGGGUCGGGAGGCGAGAUGUGCGUUUGAUCCUGCUGCUGAGGCCUACAUAGUAUAUUACCAGGUUUCAUUUCUUCUGAAAAGAUGAGACUUGAUUUGACGUUUAUAUUAUAUUUCUGCUGCAUUUGUUUUGUUUUUUUUUGUUUUUUUAAAAUAUAUCUUCAGUCAUUGUAUCUAAUGUGCCCACUAACAGUCGCUGAGAUUAUACAUAUUAUAUAAUAUCCAGGGGGGUUACAAAUUAUUUAAAAAAAAUAGUCACUAUUAUGGUUGUUAUAGGAAUGAGUGAUUGUUGCCACACUUAGCGAGAUUUAAUCUUCACACAGUAUUCAGGAAAGCAGAAUUUAACAGAAUUUAACUUAUGAGAAAUCUAAAAGAGAGAGAAAAAGAUAUCAACCACGUAUCAGCAUUAUAUGACAUUAUUUGAAUAUUUUUUGUAGAAAUUAUUUUUGUUUGGAGUUACAAUAAAUUAUAAAAAAUUACAUUUACAACUAUUCUAAAUGAGCAUUUUAUUACACCGAGUGUAAAUCUUGCAGUAAAUAUGACUGUUAUUUGCCUUCUUGCUUGUACUUUUUUUAUUCGACCGACUGUCUGCACUGACAUGCUGUCAACGUCUUCUUUUUUUUCAGCGAUGGGGUGAAAAACAACAAAAAAAAAA